AUGAGCUUUGAGUUUUUGGAUCAGAUUGAAUUCCCGCAAAAAUGGCUUCUUACGGCCAAAAAAGUGAUCAAUAAUAAAAGAGAUCUCAAAUUAUGGGAGGAACUUCUAUUACAAACAGAAAGAUUACCAACGAAAGAUGGGAAAAAUCCCGUUACGAUUUCAGAGUCAUCACCAGACAUAUACAAACGAGUUUUAUACGCUGUAUAUGAAAAUCUACUCGAGCAAUUCCCAUUUUGCGAGCAAUAUUGGUGCGACUACGCUACUCAAAGAUUUCAACUUGGAGAAGACUCUUUGAUCGUGAAGGAUAUAUUCAAGAAGGGUCUUCAAUGCCUGAAAAAGUCCAUAAUUCUAUGGGAGUGCUACUUGAAGUUUGUUAUGAAAACUUCUUGUUCUUCCGAAAACAUUCUUAAUGCAUUUGAACAAGCACGAAUUAAUGUCGGCCAUCAUUAUUAUGCACAUGUGAUCUAUGACAUGUAUCUUGAUUAUUUACGGAGAACCAAUAACAGGAAACUUUAUCAUAGACUUCUACGACGAAUAAUAGAGAUUCCUAUGUAUCAAUACAGCAAGUAUUUUAAUGAAUAUUUGCGAUUGUUGCAGAAUGCGGAUUUAGAAACAAUCAAGUAUUUUGUUUCGACGAAUGAACUGAACACGGUCUUUAAUCUUACGUGGGAGAAACUUUUACCGACAGGGGACAAGGUAAAAAGGCAGCAAGAACCGGAACUGACAAAUCUAAAGAAGAAACUUAAAAAGAUUUUUACAGAUAUCUUUAUAGUGACUCAGUAUCACAGUUAUCAAAUGUGGGAUUAUGAGCGCGAUUUGAAACAACCGUACUAUUGUCCUGGAAAAGAACUGACGGUAAAAGAAUUAAACACGUGGAAUAGAUAUUUAGAUUAUCUCGAACUUUACACAUUAAAGGAUAUAUCAAAGGAUAAACGAUCUGGUGUUACAAAAUUUCAUAAAGCGCUUUUAGAAACGGCAUACGAGCGAUGCCUCAUUUGUGCAGCCGAUUACCCAUUCUUCUGGAUUAAAUAUGCUAAUUUGAAGUUGAAUGUAGCUAAAAUAGAUGAGGCGAAACAUAUACUUAUGAGAGGUUUAAGCAGUACAGAUGACCUUGAUCUUCGAUUGAGGAUGAGAUUAAUCGAUAUCGAAAUAUUGAGCGGUAAUAAAAAAAACGCAAGGGAUCUCGUCGUUCAAGGUCUCACGGCAAAUCAUAACUCGCUGGGUUUAACGUUGAAAUUCAUCCAAUUGGAACACACGAGAGAUUCACAAAGUACAUUGAAAAUCGUUAAAAUGAAACUCGAAGAUGCUAAAGGAACAUCGUUUGAAACGCAAUUCGACUUUCUAUUUAGAGAGAUACUUUCCUACGCCGACAUAGACAAGACCGAGGUUGCUGCAUUAUUUAAGCAGUAUGAAGCAGAAAAGAAAAACAGCUACCAUUAUAUUAGAGGGCUGUUAGAUUUCUACAAAUGCUACAAACAAGAUUGUGAAAACUACAAGCAUGCAUUGGAACUAGCUACGAACUGCGAAAAUAUCAACGUCAGAAAGCAGCUGGCGAGAAUAGCGUCCGAUGAUACGGACAAUGAAUUUUUCUAG